AUGAAGUUCCUUAAGGUCGGCAGAGUCGCCAUCAUCACCCACGGCCGCUACGCCGGCAAGAAGGUCGUCAUCAUCCAGCCUGUCGACUCCGGCAACAAGGCUCACCCCUUCGGCCACGCCCUCGUCGCCGGAAUCGAGCGCUACCCUUCCAAGAUCACCCGCCGCAUGUCCAAGACCCGCCAGGAGAAGCGCAACAAGAUCAAGCCCUUCGUCAAGCUUGUCAACUACAACCACUUGAUGCCCACUCGCUACACUCUUGAGCUUGAGGGCCUCAAGGGCGUCGUCUCCAACGACACCUUCAAGGAGGUCACCCAGCGUGAGGACGCCAAGAAGACGGUGAAGAAGGUUCUGGAGGAGCGUUACACGAGCGGCAAGAACAGAUGGUUCUUCACGCCUCUGAGUAUGUGA